AUGCCGACCGAACCCCGCUGGAGCUGCACGAUUCCCUCCCUCCAUGACGAUACACCGCUCGAUGUUCGCAUAUACCACCCUUCUGCAUUAGAGUCAGCGAAAGAGAAGCCAUGGAAGAAGAGGGGCAUCGUGAUGGCGCAUCCAUAUGCGCCUAUGGGUGGCUCGUAUGAUGACCGCGUUGUGGGCAUCGUAGUCGAGGAGUUUCUCGCGGCUGGGUGGGUCGUAGGCACGUUCAACUUCAGAGGCACGCAUGGCGCGAAAGGACACACGAGUUGGUCUGGCAAGCCUGAACUCAGUGACUACCAUUCCUUCGCCGGCUUCUUCAUGCACUACUUGUCCUACCUGAGACCAAAUCCACCGUCGGACGCCGCGUUCACUCCAGAGCAAUCGCCGGUAUCGCCCAUAACUGCGAGGAAGAACACAGACGAUGAAGCAGCGAUAGUGGUCCUUGGGGGAUACUCCUACGGCUCGAUCAUUCUUCGACACCUCCCACCCCUUCCAUCCGUUCUCCAGCCCUUCGCCGCACCAAUCACCGGCUCUGCAGCCCACGAGAUACUCCUCUGCGCUGAAAAGAUCAGCGCUCAGGCCAAUCUCGAGUUCAUCAACAUAGCACGAGACCACGAGCGACUUAGUAGAAGAGGGCACGAGCACAAACUGUCGGUUAAGAUGGGCGGUGAGGAGACGAGUCUAGAGAAUAGGCGUAGCAGCAGGGAAAUCAGGCGCAGUGUUGAUGGAGGAAAGAGCUUGGAUAUAGCAAGCAGGCUGCGGAGUCUCAGCCAUAGUCAUCAGAGACGGAAGGACACCGCGCCACAGCCUCCUGCUGAAGCAGGAAGGAGGCCAGCAAUCCAAAUUCCUGAGGUACGGUAUCUUCUUGUGUCGCCGCUUACACCACCGACUUCGACACUCGCGGCCCCUGGGCUAGCGCGCGGGUUCUGGAACCGCUCGGGCGAUGAGGACGUCACGCUCAAGAGGCACGAGACGCUGGCAGUGUUCGGCGAUCAGGACAUGUUUGCCUCAGCGAGAAAGAUGAAGGAAUGGGCCGCGAGGUUGAACAAGGAUAAUAAUGUGGGUUUCCACAGUGUUGAAGUCGAGGGCGCGGGACAUUUUUGGCACGAACCGGGCGUGGAACAGCAGCUAAGAGAAGCGCUACAGCUCUGGGAGAAGCGCGUGAAGGACUAA